AGACCUGUCUGAGUAAAAGAAGGACCAAGGUCAGAACCUGUGUGACUGGGCAGGGUGAGCUCACGAUUUCAGGCCCACCCCUGCCCCAAGCUGCCACACCCUUCUCUGGCCUAGGCUCACUUCUUGAAAGCUCAAGAGGGUUCCCAAGAAUAAACCUGGCAGCCUGCAGUGCCUAGUGCAAAGGGCAAGAUGUGAUGGGGGCCAGUGGGAGGCACGGAGGCUGUUACAUUGUGACACGGAAGGGCUGCUCUGACAUCACAAUACAACCCGUGAGUGGCAGGGUACGACCUUCUCCCUUCUGCCGGGCACGAGACUCAGGCCCAGGCCUUCUUGCUUACGAUUUAUUAUUUGGACUGCAGUGGCAGCUAGGAGCCCCAGUCCUGGACCCUGUGCGAGGCGCUGUACAAAUACAGAACAAAAAGCUAGGCCCUGCCUCACCGAGCUUGCAAUCUAAGUAUAAACACGAGACAUGACCAAUGGGGGAGCACAAGGAAACCAUGAGACAACUGGUCAACAUGAGGGGCGGCAGCAGCAGCACAAAAGACUGACCUAGUUCACAUCUAGGGCUAGUCUUGGGUCAAAGCCCCACCGUGCUGUGAAGGUGAACAGAGGAACUGCCUCUGCUGGCCCCAGGUUUCCCCAAAAGCUCUGGGUCUCAUGACGAGGAGGACCCUUCCUUGACCGUGCCCAGAUCAGAGAUUUAUCUGGGGUUGAUCUUUGCUCCCUCCUGGAAGCUGAUCCCCGUGGGGAUACAAUGUGGGGUUUAGAGCGGGAUCUGGGGUAGCCCCUCACCCUGGACUCUUACCCUGUCCUGGAAACUGAAACUAAACAAAUAAAGCCAUCCUGCCAAUUUGUUUGACCAACCAGGUCCAUCUGAUCAAACUCAGACUGUGAGCUCUUUGAGACAGGGACUGUCACUUGUUCCAUGUCUGUGCAAUGCCCAGGACAAAGGAUCCCUAGAGAAAAGAAGCAGUGUUGCCUAUUGGCUGGAGCACUGGACUGUGUCUCAGAAGGCCUGAGUUAAAUUCUUGGCUCUGCCACUGGGUGACCUUGGACAAGUCACUUGCCUCUUUCUGCCUCAGUUUCCCCAUCUGUAAAAUGAGGUUAAUUAUACUGACCUUUGUAAAGUGCUUUGAGAUCUAUGGCUGAAAGCUGCUAGAUGAGAGCUAGGUAGUUUUGUUAAGCACUAUGUAAUACAAACAACAGACAUCCCAGCCCUUGUAUUCAUUUGAGGUCUGGUCUGGAUCCUCCCUCCCCCACCCUCAAAUUCACUUGGAUCCAGCCUUGAAAACUUGGUCAGAUCUGCACAGUUAGUGAUCAUACUGCAGCAGGCUGGGGAAUAUUUGGGGUCUGUUCGUUAUGCCAAAGCCUGUGUAGCGCUCGGCUAUAGAAGCCCCUUACCCACGAUCCCCACCAAUAGGUCUCUGGAGAUUUAUCCCAUCGCUGUGCCUGGAGUGACUCAGUGCAGGGUUGUGGGCAGGUUAAGUAACUGCCUAUUUGGGGUGCUCGCCCCCGAUUGGUGCAAAUCCAACCCCUUUGACCCAUGCAACACAAGGUUACAUCAUAAUAGGGGCUGAAAGUUUUAAAAUGUCCCGCCCCAGCUGCCCCCGUCAUCAUGGGACUUUGUCUAGGCAGGAAAAUGAUCUAGCAUCCAGGGCUGCAACUCUUGCAUGCCCUGGUUAGGGAGAGAAGCAGAGCACAGAAAUGUCAUCUCCCAGCAUCUACAGGAUGACCUGAGAGAAUGACCAGUCCAAAAUUCAGAGAGGAGAUGGAGGAGUUUUUAUUCUCCAAUGGCUACCAGCUGGGCAAGACCAUUGGGGAGGGGACGUACUCAAAAGUGAAAGAGGCCUUCUCAAAAAAGCACCAGCAGAAAGUGGCAGUUAAAAUUAUUGAUAAGAUGGGGGGCCCGGAAGAAUUUAUCCAGAGAUUCCUGCCUCGAGAGCUCCAGAUCGUCAGGCGCUUGGAUCACAAGAACAUCAUCCGAGUGUACGAGAUGCUGGAAUCCGCCGAUGGGAAGAUCUACUUGGUGAUGGAGCUGGCAGAAGACGGGGAUGUUUUUGACUGCGUUCUGCACGGAGGUCCUUUGCCCGAGAGCCGCGCCAAGGUGCUCUUCCGCCAGCUGGUAGACGCGAUCCGCUACUGCCACAGUUGUGGCGUGGCGCACCGGGACCUAAAGUGUGAGAACGCCUUGCUGCAAGGCUUUAACUUGAAGCUGACUGACUUUGGAUUCGCAAAGUUGCUCCCAAAGAAUCGUAAGGAGCUGAGUCAAACGUUCUGCGGCAGCACUGCCUACGCUGCACCUGAGGUGCUCCAGGGCGUGCCCCACGACAGCCGGAAAGGGGACAUCUGGAGCAUGGGCGUUAUUCUGUACGUUAUGCUGUGCGCUAGCCUCCCCUUUGACGACACCGACAUCCCCAAGAUGCUGUGCCACCAGCAGAAAGGGGUCUCGAUUCCUGGGCACCUGGAGAUCUCAGACGAAUGCCAGGAUCUCCUGAAAAGCCUCUUGGAACCAGACAUGAUCCUGAGACCUUCCAUUGAAGAAGUUGGUUGGCACCCAUGGCUGGCAAAUUCCUGAUAAAGAUCAUGUCACGCUCUCCCCAAAUAAAGGGGACAGAUUGCUUCCAAAAUGCUUACAAAUAUUUUAAUGUUAUGCUUGGUUUCCAGUCUAUCCUUACACCCCCCUUUCCUCCUCCCAGUGCCUUAUGCAGAGGAUGGCGGGUCUGCAGGGAAGGACUGGGGGGUUGUUCCAUUUCACACCUUCAUCAGGGAUUUUACUCAUUCGAAAAAACCGCAUGGUCUGAAGAAACCUAACAGUGUUUGUGCUGUUUCCUUUGUAGCUGGGCACCUCGCUGAAGUGGGGAAACCUGGGAUAGUGUCUGGCCACCUUCCCAAGACAUCUCUAGUGAUGGCACCUCCAGAGAACACCCCAACAGAGGAGAGAGUAAGCAGAGAAGUUGGCUCCUCCAUGUUGAGGGUAGGGGAAACAUGGAAAAUUACAAUAGGGUUAUAGGAGUAACAAGGGGAAAUCAGUGGGGAAAAAAAUCUGCUCAACAUCUUAGUCGUCUAUAUCAAAUGAAAGGAGUAAGGGGAAUCAACAGGAGGAACUGGAAGCUAAAUUAUCUUAACUGCCAUCACAGAGACUUGGUGGGAAAAGUGUCAUGAUUGGAAUAACGGUAUAGGGCUGGCAGGAUAAAAGCAGUAUUGCAUUAUAUAUCAAUAUAUACACACUUGUUCUGAGGUCCAGAAGGAGGUGAGAGGCAGACCAGUUGUGAGUCUCAGGAUAAAGAUAGAAGGGGUAAACAACAGGAAUGUCAUGGUAGGGGUCUACUACAGACCACCAAAUCAGGAGGAGGGGGUGGAUAAGUCAUUUAUAGAACAAAUCACAGAAAUAUCCAAAACAUAAGACCUGGUAGUAACAGGAAACUAACUACCCAGACAUCUGUUGGAAAAGUAACAUGGCAAAACACAAAAUUCCUAGUAAGUUCUUGGAUGUGUUGGGCAGACCACACACUUUCAGAAAGUGGCGGAAGUAACCAAUGGGAGAGCCAAUACUUGAUUCUGACCGACAGGAAAGACUUGGUAGCAAAUCUGAAGGUGGAAGGCAGUGUGGGUGAAAGGGACUAUGAAACAAUAGAUUUAAUGGUUUUGUGGAAAGGAAGGAGUGAGAUCAGCAAAAUAAGGACAGUGGACUUCAGAAAAGCAGACUUUAACAAACUCGGAGAACUAGUAGGUAAGGUCCCAUGGGAAGAAAAUCUAAGGGAAAAAGGAGUUCAGGGGAGCUGGCAGUUUCUCAAGGAGACAAUAUUAAAGGCACAACUGCAACCUAUCUCGAUGCGAAGGAAAGAUAGGAAGAAUACUAAGAGGCCAAUACGGCUCCCAAAGGAGCUCUUUAAUGACUUGAAAAUCAAAAAGGAAUCCUACCGAAAUUGGAAACAUGGACAAAUUGCUAAGGAGGAGUCCAAAACAAUAGCACAAGCAUGUAGGGACAAAUUCAGAACAGCAAAGGCACAAAAUGAGUUACAUCAAGCAAGGGACAUAACAGGCAAUGAGAAAAGAGGUUCUUUAAAUACAUUGGGUUCUUUAAAUUAAAAACAACCUUGACAAAUUGGAAAAUUGCUCUGAAUGGACUGUCCAGCCUGCCCCCAAACUAGAAUCAUGCCCAAAGCAGGGGCUGCCACUGGGCAGCAAACCACACCCAGACUCAUUUCAGAAGGAUGGCCACACGUGGCCUGUAGGUGGUGGAAAUAAAGACAACCCAACGCAGGCAGUUGAUUCGGUAGAAUUCCUUUAAUUUCUGUUAACUGCAAGUCUGUAAAAGGUUCAGGAGAAAGUUGUCGUUACAAAACUAACAGCUGUUAGAAUCUCUCUUUUGCCCCAGCUAUAAAAUGCUCCCAGGAGAUGCAGUAUAAUUUAAAAUAGAGAAUAUUGCACAAAUAACCAAGAGGUUAAUUAACUAACGAAAAAGA